GCAUUCAGCCUGCUACUGCAUACGCACUGGCCAGGCAGGGCGCCAGCUCUGGCAGCAGGCGCGCCUGCAGGAAUAACAUGCGCUCCAGCGGUGGCAGGCCGGGAUCCCCAGCGCGCGAGUUGCGUCAGCAACCAAGCACACCCUGCGAAUCCAAUACCUCUAUGGCCUAUGGGGGUGGCGGUGCAGCGAUGGCAGUGCCAGCGUGCGGGCUGGGGCUGUGGCACCUCCUGCGGCAUCAGCGCCAGUGGGUCCAGUGGUGAUGGCGGUUGGCUGUGCACAUACGGCACCGGUGCCACACGCCUCGGCCGACGAGGCACAGACCGCCGCACCCCGCGGCGGAGCGGCGGCCCCACGACCUCGCAGUGCUGCGGGUCCAGGUGGAGGAGCAACGGGCUGCGCUGGAAGCCGUCAAACGCUCCCUUGCCCGCGUGGGGGAUGCGGCCGCCGUGGACGAGAGCAAGAUCCUGCUGAAGUCUGUCAGCGGCGAGCUGCUAGAGCGCAUCCGGGCGUCCGGGAACCUAGAGGCGGUUGCUAGCACGAGUGGGACGUCGGUGAGCGGACGCUAUGUCCGUGCGUGGCAAUCGGCAGGGCGGGAGGUGUGUAACGUCAUGGUGACGGUGACGCCCCAGGAACGCAGCGCAUUGGUCAGGGCCGCACGCCUGGUCCGCAGCACAGGUGUGGUGGUGGCGCCUUACCUGACGUCCGUAGGGUGUGCACUGCGCACGGAGCAACUCGGAGCUUUCGAAGGGUUUCGAGCAGCAGGGCUGAAGCCCCGAUGGAAGGGAGGGGCGGGCAUUCGGUGCCAAGGCACCUAAUCACCUAGCUAGGCUGACGGGCUAGCAGUUGACGUAGUUGGCAUUGAGUAGUACAGUCGAACACGCCUAACUUCGUUGUGCAAAGUAAGUUUCCCGGCGUUAUAAGGGCCCACCGGCCCGGGACCCUGGUACUUACGGGGACAGGAUAGCACGCAUGCUCGUGCACACCACCUUGUAACCAACAACAACAACUGAUUCCGUCUGCUUCCAUCCGUCUGCUUCCGUGCAUGAACUGCUCGCACCGGUACUUACGCCUUACUUACGGUUGUCAUGUAUAUGUGCACGGGUCCUCGAGCACACGGCACGGCAACUGGCUAGCGGAAGGCCCAAGGAGGAGGUGAUUGUUGGCUAGGGCAAUGCCGGCACUGGCUACGGAGGCUGCGUCAGCAGGUCAGGCAGCAGUAGGGGCCCGAAGCGGGCACUGCUGCGACUGCUGAUGGACAACUACGCGCACCUGGUGGUGUACGUGGACGAUUACUUCACCAGUCAGGUCAUCCCACGACGUAAGCCUGUCCUUCGUAAGGAUUCGGCAGGAGCCCUUGUUAGGCACAAGCACUCAAUUGCAUAAUUAAUGUGGUGCAGGUGUGCGCAGAAAGUUUGGACGGCGCCUGCCGGUGUUGGGCAGCGCUGUCUGCAAGUAGCCAAGUAGUGGUUGUGCUUGUUAGUUGGUGUGCCCGCGACGUUGAAGUGUGCCAACACUGCGGGACUGUGUGGGUCAGCUUGUCUCAGAUUCAGCGGGUUUAGGGAACGUCAAUGGGGGGUCUGUGCGCGUACAGGGGUACACGGUGGACAUUCGGGACAGUUGUCGCAGAUGGGUGGGAGGGGACAGUUCGUGCCAGAUAUGUGGGGAAAGCACGGUAAUUGAUGAGGGCGCCUGAAAAGACAAGUUUUGGAUUCAGAUUUGGCAGAUUCAUCAGGGCUGACGUCCCAUGUGGAUCUUGUA